GGUUUGGAUGUGUGCGCCACCGACCUGUCUCUACUUCCUGAUCGAAGAUGGCGGUCUCGGUGUUUCCCGGCGUGCGGCUCCUCUCCAUCGGAGACGCUAAUGGAGACAUACAGCGACACUCAGAGCAGCAGCCACUGCGGCUAGAAGUCAAAAGCACCCAAGAUGCUGCCCUCAUCAAUCUCUCCAAUGGAGAGGAGGCGAGCGUGUUCAAGUGUUCGGUUUCCAGGGAGACGGAGUGCAGCCGCGUGGGGAAGCAGUCAUUCAUCAUCACACUGGGCUGCAACAGCGUCCUGCUGCAGUUCUCCUCACCUGCAGACUUUCAGUCCUUUUAUAACCUCCUGAAGAACAGUCGCGGACAUGUCAACGAGCGCUCGGUCUUCAGCGACAGAACGGAGGACUCCUCUGCUGUACAGUACUUCCAGUUUUAUGGCUACCUCUCCCAGCAACAGAACAUGAUGCAGGACUACGUUCGGACAGGGACUUACCAGCGGGCUAUUCUCCAGAACCACACAGACUUUAAGGAUAAGGUGGUGCUGGAUGUUGGCUGUGGCUCGGGGAUCCUCUCUUUCUUUGCUGCUCAGGCUGGAGCCAGGAAGGUCUACGCUGUGGAAGCCAGCACCAUGGCACAGCAUGCUGAGGUGCUGGUGAACAGUAACCGCUUAGGAGAGCGCGUGGUCGUCAUCCCGGGGAAGGUGGAGGAGGUGACGCUGCCUGAGCAGGUUGACAUCAUCAUCUCGGAGCCCAUGGGCUACAUGUUGUUCAACGAGCGCAUGCUGGAGAGCUACCUGCACGCCAAGAAGUUCCUCAAACCCAAUGGUAAAAUGUUCCCAACCAUUGGUGACGUCCACCUGGCCCCCUUCACAGAUGAGCAGCUCUACAUGGAGCAGUUCACCAAGGCCAACUUCUGGUACCAGCCCUCCUUCCAUGGUGUAGACCUGUCGGCCCUGCGGGGAGCAGCAGUGGACGAGUAUUUCCGCCAGCCAAUCGUGGACACAUUUGAUAUCCGUAUUCUGAUGGCCAAGUCGGUCAAGUACACAGUCAACUUCCUGGAGGCCAAAGAAGAGGAUCUCUACAGGAUAGAGAUUCCCUUUAAGUUCCACAUGAUGCACUCGGGCCUGGUGCACGGCCUGGCGUUCUGGUUCGAUGUGGCGUUUAUUGGAUCAGUGAUUACAGUUUGGCUGUCCACAGCCCCCACAGAGCCUCUCACCCACUGGUACCAGGUGCGCUGUCUGCUGCAGUCUCCCCUCUUCACCAAGGCCGGGGAUACGCUGUCCGGCACUGCCAUGCUGGUGGCCAACAAGAGACAAAGCUACGACAUCAGUAUUGUUGCCCAGGUGGACCAGACAGGAUCAAAGUCCAGCAACCUCCUGGACUUGAAGAAUCCCUUUUUCAGGUACACAGGCACCACCCCCAACCCCCCUCCUGGCUCACACUACACCUCCCCGUCCGAGAACAUGUGGAACACGGGGGCGGCCUACAGCAUGAGUCAGGGGAUGGCUGUAUCAGGGAUGCCUGCAGCUUAUGACCUCAGCACAGUCAUUGGCAGCGGUCCGUCGGCGUCUCACAACAACCUCAUCCCCCUGGGUACGAAUCGCACUCCUCCCGACUUCUCAACAUCUCAUGUGAACACCGGAAUUGUAAACCACACCCACUCCAGGAUGGGCUCCAUCAUGAGCACAGGAAUUGUCCAGGGAGCCACCACAGGCCAGUCGGGUCCCAGCAGCAGUGGUACUUACUAUCCCGUCACCAACCAGUUCACCAUGGGGGGCGCUGCCAUCUCCAUGGCCUCGCCUAUGGUCAUCCCCAGCAACACCAUGCAUUACGGCAGUUAAGACCAAGACCUCACACAGACCUCUUCGGCCUCCCCGCCCCCGCAUGACAAGAGAUCCCCCCCCCCCAACCUCUCCCAGUGGAGCCCCUCAGUGUCGUCGUCGUCCCCCCCACCCCCCUUUCAACCCUGACUGAUGCAUCAACUGCAGCCAAAUCCAAUUAUACCAAAACCGGUGCUGUGCUGGCACUGCCUCCCCUUGUUCGUCCUCCUCAUUCUACUCUGUUCAGUCCAUCACUAUAUGAACGGUCGAACGCUCUCACAUCCGUCCAGACUCUUGUCUUGCAAACAGACGAAACCUGCCCCCACCCAACCC